GACCGCGUCUCGUCGUUUUAACGCGAUGUCAGUCUGCUGGCUUCGCAGAUAAGAACACACUCAGCUAAGCGCAUCCCAUACUCACAUUGCACAGCGCAGAAACUAGAAAAAAGCUUCAUCAAAUCUCUGAAUUUGAAGAAGAAGCAGAAGAAGAUGUCGUGGCAAACAUAUGUAGAUGAGCAUCUUAUGUGCGAAAUCGAGGGCAAUCAUCUCACUGCUGCAGCCAUCAUCGGCCAAGACGGCAGCGUCUGGGCCCAGAGCUCCAACUUCCCUCAGUUCAAGUCUGAAGAAAUCACUGCCAUUAUGAGUGACUUUGACGAACCUGGAACACUAGCUCCAACUGGUUUGCACCUGGGUGGCACAAAAUACAUGGUGAUCCAAGGAGAGGCAGGAGCUGUCAUUCGGGGGAAGAAGGGACCUGGUGGUGUUACUGUUAAGAAGACAAAUCAGGCCCUAAUAAUUGGUAUCUAUGAUGAGCCAAUGACUCCAGGGCAGUGCAACAUGAUUGUUGAAAGGCUCGGUGAUUAUCUCAUGGAUCAGGGUCUUUAAUUUCUAUUUGUCCUGCUAUUUAUUGCAAUUUUCUUGGCUUCCAUACAAGCUUGCAUUUGCCUACCUGCUGUUGGAAUGGUUGAAUGCAGAGAAAUAAUAUUAUGAAAUAUUGAAAGUCAAGGGGAACACUGUUUCAGAGGAAAAGGUUUGGUGCUUGUUAAAGUAAAUGGAUAUGCUCAUCGCAUUGUUAUUGUACUAGUUUGAUCAUGGUAUUGGAUGAUUUUCGAGUGAAGUACUUUGUAUGAAUUACAGUGGAUUUCAUCUGAUGGAUGGUAAUUUGAUUGGCGUAAAUUUGGAAGUAA